AUGGAAGGUGGGGGAAUGGACCAGGUUUGCAUGGCUGCCAUGACAAACCAACCUCCAGUGUCCGAUAACAAGCCGAUGAAGAACAUCAGUGGGGAGAUGCCUGCAACCGCAACCGCAAACGCUGGAAGCGGCUCCUUUGACUGCAACAUCUGCCUCGACUUCGCUGCAGACCCAGUUGUUACCCUCUGUGGCCAUCUCUACUGCUGGCCUUGCAUCUACGAGUGGCUGCGACCGUCGGUGGUAUCAGCCUCCGGUGCCAACAGCACUUCAGCAAGGCAGCAGUGCCCCGUGUGCAAGGCCGCGCUAUCUGCUGACAGCCUCGUGCCGCUCUAUGGCCGUGGUGGUAGCUCGAAGAAAUCACUGGAUGGCACGGCCAUUCCUCGACGGCCAACAGUGCACCGGGAGAAUGUUGCGCACCAGCACGCGCAAAGCAGCAUCGAUGAUGACCGGCACCACCACAAUGUGGAGCCCAGCCCUCCGCUCCGGUCACUGCGGCAUGCGCACCACCACCAUCCUGGUGCCACCGAAUUCGACUUCGUCUACCCUCCUUCGCCAAUGGGGCGUGGCCUGAUCCACUCGACGGCUGGAGGAGUGCUUGGAGGGAUGGCGGAGGCGGUGCUUCCGUGGGCGUUCCGCGGCCAGGUGCCGCCGAGCAUGUACUACACAAGCCCCUACGCCGUUGCGGACCACACGGCGGGUCCCCGGCUGAGGAGGCAGCAGAUGGAGGUGGAGAGGUCCCUGCACCAGAUCUGGUUCUUCCUCUUCGUGUUUGUUGUGUUGUGUCUGCUCUUGUUCUGA